CCCGCGCUAUAUAAGAGAGAUGUCCUCUCGAUCUGAAUGUUAACAAGCCACAAGCACCUGUUGACUGCAAAGCCACGACCAGAAGAGAGAGAAGCUCUGUGAAAAGAACAGCAAACUGAAGCCAUGAUCGUCGCCGUUCAGAAAAUCCUCGGACCCGCGAGGGCGGCGAGAGGACUUCACAAGCACGCGGUGGAAGCCGCGAGGCAGCCGGUCACCGAGGACACGGUCACCGCCAGCUUCGGUCGGUUCGUCGGCGACGUGCAGCCCCGGCACCUGUCGCCCACCGUGCUCCGCCGCAGCAAGCGGAUGGUGCUGGACAGCCUUGGGGUCGGACUGAUCGGCAGCACGACGGAGGUGUUUGAAUUAGCCCUGCAGCACUGCCGGCACAUGUACGCUCCUGAUGACAUCAGCUCUGUGUACGGACGCGCGGACGCCAAGCUCUCACCCACACUGGCAGCUUUUGUCAACGGAGUGGCCACCCACUCCAUGGACUUUGAUGACACCUGGCACCCUGCCACUCAUCCCUCCGGAGCCGUGCUUCCUGCCGUGUUAGCGCUGGGCGACGCCAUGCCCGCCAACGGCAAACCAACCGGCCUGGACCUCCUGCUGGCUUUUAACGUGGGCGUCGAGAUCCAGGGUCGACUCAUGAGAUUCUCUAAUGAGGCUCGUAACAUCCCUAAGAGGUUUCACCCUCCCAGCGUGGUUGGGCCCAUGGGCAGCGCUGCCGCCUGUGCUCGCCUCCUGGCUUUGGAUGCGUCCCAGUGCAGCCACGCUUUGGCCAUAGCCGCGUCUCUGUCUGGAGCCCCGAUGGCGAACGCAGCCACCCAGUCCAAACCCCUCCACAUUGGCAAUGCGGCCCGUUUGGGGCUGGAGGCGGCUCUGCUGGCCUACCGGGGUCUCCAAGCGAGUCCCCUGGUCCUGGAUGACGUUGCCGGCGUGGCGGGGUUCAGUGCUUUUUAUGAAGACUAUGUCCCACAGUCUUUAGAGUCGCCCAAGGAUGGAGGUCACGUGUUCCUGCUCGAGGAGCAGGACAUGGGCUUCAAGCGCUUCCCCGCCCACCUCGGCAUGCACUGGGUGGCGGACGCCGCAGCCUCUGUCCAUAAGAUGCUCGUGGGGGCCGACCCCGGCUCUGUCGCCCCUGCUCGGGUCCGGGACAUCCUGCUCCGGGUCCCCGGGUCCAAAUACAUCAACAGGCCGCUGCCGGAGUCUGAGCACGAGGCGCGACACUCCUUCCAGUUCAGCGCCUGCAGCGCGCUGCUGGACGGCGAGGUGACGGUGCGCUCCUUCAGCCCCGGCGCCAUGAGCCGGCCCGAGCUGCACGCGCUGCUCAGCCGCGUGCGCGUGGAGCAUCCCGGCGACAACCCGGCUAACUUCGACCGCAUGUACGCGGAGGUCCGGGUGACGACGGCCGCAGGCGACGUCCUGACGGGACGCUGCGACACCUUCUACGGUCACUGGCGCAACCCGCUGACCGACGAGAGCCUGAGGAAGAAGUUCAGGAGCAACGCCGGCGCCGUGCUGCCCCCGGAGAAGGUGGAGAGGCUGAUCGGCGUGGUGGAGGAGCUGGAGACACUGGGAGACUGCACAGCGCUUCUCUCCCAGAUUCAAUGAGAAAGAAAUGGGGUGUAUAAUGAUAGGUUGCUAAAAAUGUUGAUGACACAAUAUCUCACUCUCCUAAAUUGCUGAACUUUAAUAAAAAUGAAAUAAAAUAAACUGAGGAUAUGAAGGAGAAGUUUACUACAUCUUGUAGUGUGUUUGAACUGUAGUAGAAGUUAGAUGUUUCCUUUGCUGUUUUUUUCUGUGCUGUGUGAUAACAAAUACUAUUAUUUAUUAAAAAAUAAUUAUGUAAAUAUUUGAUGCUUGUAAUAAAGUUCU